CGGCACCGCUGCGGCUGCGACUGCUCGGCGCCGGCUCGGGCUGUGCGGGGCCGGCGGCGCCCGGCAGAGGCAGGCCGAGCUGUCAGCUCUCCGCGGGUGGCUGUCGCCCCGCAGGCCCAACGCUGUCCGCUCAGGAUGUCGUAUAUGCUGCCGCACUUGCACAAUGGCUGGCAGGUGGACCAGGCCAUCCUCUCGGAAGAGGACCGAGUCGUGGUCAUCCGCUUCGGGCACGACUGGGACCCAACCUGCAUGAAAAUGGACGAGGUUUUGUACAGCAUCGCUGAGAAGGUGAAGAACUUUGCUGUCAUUUACCUGGUGGAUAUCACAGAGGUGCCAGACUUCAACAAGAUGUAUGAGCUGUACGACCCCUGCACCGUUAUGUUUUUCUUCAGGAACAAGCACAUCAUGAUCGAUCUGGGCACAGGUAACAACAACAAGAUCAACUGGGCCAUGGAGGAUAAACAGGAGAUGAUUGACAUCAUAGAAACUGUUUACAGAGGAGCCCGCAAGGGCCGGGGUCUGGUGGUGUCACCCAAGGACUACUCCACCAAGUACAGAUACUGAGGUGGCCUGGCUGCCCACCCUCUGACUCUGCUCCCCUUGUUCUGGCCUGUCUGUAAAUAUCUGCAUUAAAAGGGAAAGCUCCUGCA